AUAGUGAACUCAGACCGUCCGCAUCUGUUCCCCGUCGGAAUUAUGCGACGAAAUCUCGACGAAAUCAGAGAAAUGAGACUUCUCUACUGUGACUUACCUAGUCUUAGACCGUGUCAGUCUCUUCGCGAACCCUACAUGUUGACAUUGAUCACACUCGGUGAUAGUGAACUCAGGCCGUCCGCAUACGGCCGUCGCCACGCUGUUCUCGUUCGAAUAUGCGACUAAAUCUCGAUGUAAUCAAAGGAUCGAUUGUUCUGCCUCUCUCACUCGAUUUCUUUGUAUAAAAGGAGUGGGAGACAAGGGAGUAGGUAGGUUUUCUCGAAUUUGCUUUUAGGGUUACUCAGAUCAUCGAAGCCCAACGUACCGGCCGUCCCGAUUAAGAGGCCUAUUGAGGAUAUUUAAUAUUUUUCCUGAACUGCUGCAAGGUUUGCAAUGGCGACUGUUGGGGAUUUGGUCGACAUAAUCCACGUGAUAGAUAAGAUUAUUGAUGCUAUUGAAACUUCGCAAAAGUGUAAGGAUGUUUGCUUGGAGUUUAAAGAAUACUUGUGGUAUAUUUCUAAGAACUUGGAGCAGCUCCAAGGCAAGCCACUCAGUGACAUAACUGUGGUGACAUUGAAAAGGCUGAAAGAUGUUCUGGAGAAGGCUUACCAAGUCAUUGACUCCUUGCAGAAUUACAAUUUUGUUUACCUUAUGCUCAAUGGUACACGCAUUCUGAAACAAAUCAAAGAAGCAGAUAGUAGGAUACAACAAUAUAUGACCCUUUUUCCAAUAGUGCAAUUGAACGAAACAUUUAGAUUAUUCUCGGUAAAAACAAAUAUCAUCUUGCGAGAACCACAUGAAUUUGCCCCCAAUAUAACAGAUGCAGCAUCAACUUCAGGAUGCUCGAUGGCACAGGGAGUGGGCCUCCGUGUCUUUAAAUUCAAGGAACUGAGGAGUGCCACAGAUAAUUUUAAGCAUGAUCACUUCAUUGGAAAAGGACUAUUUGGUUCUGUGUACAAGGGGUCGGUCAAAGAUAAUAGUGGGCCUGGCACAUUGGAUGUUGCUAUUAAGAGAGCUCAUAUGCAUUCUUCCAAAGAGGCUGAAGCUGAGGUAAAAUAUUUAGAACGGAUUUCACAUCCCAAUGUAAUAAAGUUGUUGGGCUAUUGCAAUAAAAUAGAUAAAAGAAUGUGGAUAGGAUUUCGCAGGAAGGAAGCAAACAUCUAUUUAUCAGUUUUUGAAUACAUGGCUAAUGGGAGCUUGUCUGACCAUCUAUUUUCAGGUAAACAAGCUUUUGAGCUUUCAUGGGCCCAAAGGAUAAAGAUAGCGAAUGGUUUUGCUGGAGCUCUCGCUUUUUUACACAAAUUACAGAUUAUUCAUCGGGAUGUGAAGAGUGCUAACAUCUUGCUUGACUCGAACUUUAAUUCAAAGCUUGCAACAUUUGGAUCGGCAACGGACUUCAAUUCUCACACUGAAAUAGGUGUUAUAUAUGGCACCUUCGGAUAUAUUGCUCCUGAGUAUAUACAUUAUGGCGAGCUAAGUGAAAAGAUUGAUGUGCAUGGAUUUGGAGCCACAUUGCUGGAAAUUCUCUCGGGUCAGCAUGUAGCCUACUUGGACUUAAAUUUGCAACGGUUGAUGCCCCAAGAGUUUCAAAGCCCUGUAGAUUCAAGCACAAAAAUAUAUAGAGACAGCUACUUGCAAAAAUUUAUCAUUUCCUCUACCUCUGGUUUGAAGAAUCUUAAUAACCUGAUGGACCCGAGGCUCGACGGGAAGUAUCCAUUGGAAGCUGCUCACCUUGCAGUUCAGCUUGCGCUAAAUUGUGUUGCUGGCGAUCCUAAUAAACGUCCAUCGAUGGAAGAAGUCAUUAAGGACCUUGAACAUAUUCAAACCAUCAAGAUGCCUUCGACUACCUCAACUCCUAGUCGAAUCAUUUUUGAUCCUUUUGAUGCAGAUGUAGAGUUGUCAUUCUCAGUUCCUAGAUCGAUGAUGAUGUCUGAGCCAACAUCGUAUAAUGCAGACGUAGAAUUACCAUUCUCACGUUCUAAGUCCAUAGAGUAUGAAUCAGCACCUUUCGAUGCAGAAACAGAAUUAUCAUUCUCCAAAUUCAAAACAUCACAUUCUCCUAACUAUUGAAGUAUGAUUUGCAAAAAAAAACAAAAAAACAAAAAAAAACAAAACAAAACAUUAAAACUAGACUGAUAUAUAUAUGCAGUAAUUUAGUUUUUUUAUGAGACUUGUUGGAGCAUCAAUAUGAACUGCAAUUAGAUUGUCAGUUGUACCUUUUAGUAAGCUUGUGUACAUGCUAUUCUAGAUCAUCAAUUGUAUUCAUUUGUAGUUAUUUGCAUAUUUCUCAGUUCUUUACUGAUGAACUGCUUGUUAAGACCCAACUAUUCAA